AGGCGGCCGUUGAUCGAUCGGUGAUUGUGUGUACAUUAGAGUGAAACAAAAGGCAAAGCAUCUCUACAUGUUCCGCCGUUGUAUACUGAAAAAAAGGCUUUGAAGAUUCUAUUGUACUCUAACACAUGUAGUGAAUAAACACACAGGAACGUCUGUAUAAGGGCGCGGGUUAAGGUGAAAUAACAGCGGUAUAAUAAAGAAAAGCAAAAAUCAGAAUAACGUUACACACCACGUGUAAGGAAGAAAAAAAAUGCUUAUUAGUUCGGCUAUAAUGCAGAAGCCCGCCACGGCGUUGGGGCAGUGUCUUGUGUUUUGAAAAUGUUGGCGCGACAGAAGACGCCCAAUAGCGUUAGACUGAGGCGUGGACUGCCGUCCAAUGGGAGGCGCUCACAUCCAAGAUGCCCAGAGGGCGGAGAGCAGCUCCAAAGCAUAAAAGAGCGGAGGUGUGCGCGCGAGUUCAUUCUUUUUGCUUCGCAGAGAAAAGUAGAGUUCGAAGACAUGGCAAGAACCAAGCAGACCGCUCGUAAGUCCACCGGUGGUAAAGCCCCGAGGAAGCAGCUGGCUACCAAGGCUGCGCGCAAGAGCGCCCCGGCCACCGGCGGCGUCAAGAAGCCUCACCGUUACAGGCCCGGUACCGUGGCUCUCAGGGAGAUCCGCCGUUACCAGAAAUCCACAGAGCUGUUGAUCCGCAAGUUGCCUUUCCAGCGCCUGGUGCGGGAGAUCGCUCAGGACUUCAAGACCGAUCUCCGCUUCCAGAGCUCUGCCGUCAUGGCUUUGCAGGAGGCUAGCGAGGCGUACUUGGUGGGUCU